AGGACUGGUUAUAAAAGAAGGUGUCAGCUCAUCUUUGGUAACAUCGAAACCGUCAAAGUUCCUCAUCAGGAGUUUCUUUCGUUUCAACGAAGAUUGCUUUAUUCCUCGAGACAGAAUGAACAAGAAAAUAACACUUGUUCUUGCUUUGGUCGUCCUUGUUCUGGCCACAACUAUAGUAGAGUCAUAUCCUCGUCGAGGGUUUGGUGGGUUCGGAAAUAGAUUUGGAGGCGGAGCUGGAGGAGGUUUUGGUGGUGGUAUUGGUUUUGGCCAAGGAGGAGGAGGAGGUGGCAGUGGCUACGGUGCUGGUUUUGGUGCCGGCUUCGGCGGUGGUAGCGGAGGUGGCCAUGGUGCUGGGUUUGGUGCCGGGUUUGGUGCCGGGUUUGGCGGUGGUCAAGGAGGUGGACACGGUGGUGGAUUUGGAGCAGGAAUCGGUGGAGGAUAUGGAACAGGAAUUGGUCGCUAGUUUAGACAAGUGGAUUUGUUUAAUAUCAUUUAUGAAGUCAUCGCCUGGACGUGAAAGCGAAAGGAUGGACAACAGACGUCAACUUCUGCUCUAUAGAAACUAUUUGAUAAAACAUUCUGUAAAUUGUAUUUUGUUUUUCGUGUGAAAUA